CUGCUCGCUCGCAGUGGUCGCGUUUGUGCUUGCAGCGUUGCGCGCAGCGCGUUGGGGGGGACGAGCCCCAAAUCCUCGGCUCUUUGCGCCCCUCAGUGUUGGCAGAACUAGAGCCACACUUUCUAUCGCCUCGCCACGCCACGCCUCUCCCUCCAUUCUCCUCCCCCAUCCCUUUCCCCGCCCAGCCCACCCACACACGCGCCCUUUCUAAGCCUGUUUCUAGUAGAAGAAUCGAUAACCCAACAAACCAGCUCGCACUUCACCACUCGCACUCUCCUCUCCACUCCACCCCUCGCACUCCACCACAGCACAUAGACGAUUCAGGAGGAUCCACCUCGCUUCCUCUCUAACUCGCGCUCGAGCCACAAACUGCCACACACUUCUGGUUCUGGCCCAGGAGCACUUCCCUUGGCACUUGAUCACCAGCUUCAAUCCCCGACGACCAUCUAAGCCUCGCCGAUUCGGUUCGGACUUCCUACUAACUGAGGCCUUUUCAGCUCGUCGGGAGAUUACUUUCGCGGAACCGUUUCUAUCCGCGCGAUGGCGUCUCAGUCGAUUCUUUGCGACACGGGGCUGGUCGAGCUGGACCUGCCCCUCCCCGACGCUAUCACAGCGGCUGACGCGGCGGGAAUUGCGGCGAUUGCUGCGCAGGAUGCGGCUGGCCCCGAGGGCGUCAAGCUCUUGGCGACAGCUUGCGGUGCGCCUGUGUGCUCCGACUACAAGGAGGCGAUCUACGACCUCGCGAAUGCGAGCUGGAGGCAGCUCGGGGACGUGUGCGUCAUGAAUAAUACCCUGCAGCAGCAGAAGCAGCAGGAGCAGCAGAAGCAGGAGAAGGAGAAGGAGAAGGAGCAGGAGCAGGAGCAGGAGCAGGAGCAGCAGGAGGAGUUUUCGUUUUUCCAGUUCCCCGUCGUGCCUCAGCGCACCAGGUCCCUUCCGCUCGCCGAGCGCCCCUGCCUCGUGGGGGAAGGCUCGCCCUUGGGAAACGGCGGCUGGGCCGCGUCUGGCGCUGCGGGAGCUGCGCCCGACUGGCGCGACAUGUCAGCUGCUGAGGAGGUGCGAUGCGCGGCGAUGCGCGAGCAGGGUUACUGUCUGUUCGCCAGGGGCGGUGGCGUGUGCUCCCCUGGUGGCCUUGGCGGAUUCUCCGUCCCCGUGCAGUGAUUGGCGCCGUCUAUGCCCCUGGCUGUACUGCGCUGGAGAACAAACAAACAAAAGAAACGGCUCUCUGCAGGGUUCUUUUCGGUGUCACACUCGGACACACGGUGUUGGACCAGCUGCGCUCGGGCGUGAGGUGAAGGCGACAGACAGCCCUCCGUGAGGGCGAGGCAGAGAGCAAGGAGCAGGGCGACAGCGGAGUCAGGAAGAGAGGACGAGAAAGCACGAGGGACUUCUUUGGAGGAACAGGCGGUUGGUGACGCGAGAGUUGAGAUGGAUGGAGGGGAGGAGGGAGAUACACAACAAGGUGAGCGAGCUCACGGCCCUUUCCAUGUUUACAUUUUUGUACAGGAGUAAAUUGCUCAUCCAGCUGUGCAUAGUUGGGGGGUGGGGAGAGGGGAGGGCGGGGGGAUUUGUGGCUGACUCUUCUUUGUGUGGGGGAGCUAGCUUAUAGAUGGCUGCCUUGUACAUAGCCCAUGUUAAAUUUCGGGGUUAGUAGUGACAGAAGUUGUGCUGUGUACAUGGUUUGACCACAUGGAAUCUGAUGUAUUGUUAAUAUUUAUUAUAGACUUUCCUAUUUGGC